AUGGGACAAACGUCGACCAAAGCUAAUGGUUAUUAUACUUGGUCGCAAAACCAGUCAUCACUUCGCGGAGACAAAGUUGUCUGCCAACAGCGGCUAACUCGGGAGAGAGUUGAUUCCGAUGAACCUGAUAGACGCCACUAUGGGGCUGUCAAAGACAAACAAAUCUUUUCAUCCACCAAACGGGCUUUGACAAACUGGAUAGUCGAGGAAGCCCCGAACUAUAUAGUGAGGGUUAGAAGUGCGAACAAAGGGAAAGGUUACAAGGAUGUGCAUGCCGAUUUGAUGUCAAGGGAAUCUGGUACCAUACAGAAUGAAAACCAC